AUGGCCCCACGAUCCUUUGUCAGUCUUCCGUGUGAACUGCGGCACAUGAUCUACAAAUAUUACUUCACCACUGAGCAAGGCUACCAUUUCAAUGCAGCCUCACGCAAGCUCACUACCGCCCACGGCGAGCCGAUUGACCUUGCCCUUAUAUACACAUGCCGCCUCAUUGCUGAGGAGACCAAAGCAAUGCCUUUCUUGUACAAUGACAUCUCCUUCAAGACAUUCUAUCAAGAGGAUCUUAGCUUGUGGCUAUGCCGUUUCGAAGGGCUAGUCAAUGGCCAAUUUCAACAUCAAAUGCAACUCAUGAUUGAUUUAUACCCGUUCAUCACACGAGAAAUGCACCUCCUUGUUGAAGAGAGAUUCCCGUGGUUUACCACCCAUCUCUCCAACGCACUAGCCUACCGCAGAAAUCUCUCCAACAGACCAUUCUACGGGAGAAACCCAGGACUGAGAUUGCGAGAUGGGUGGUUAGAUAUACAUCAUGGCAGGCUCAAGAUGGACGGCACCCCCCCAGAUAACGAUAUCUACAGGGAUAUCUGUUCCAACGACCGAGCACAUUCUGCACAUCGGACGGCAAUUGAGUUCACUCUACGACUGCUUUGCGAAGUUUCGGAUGCACAGUUUGUAGCCAGUGUCAACGAGCUUCUUGUCGAUUGGGAGUAUAGCGGUGGUGCGCGGCUGUCGAAUUUCCUUGACCAAUGCUACAAGCCUUGGCGUUUUCCUUCAUCAUUAUCCGACCUUGAUGACAUGGGACGUAGGCUCGGAGAUGGCCAGGGAUGGGCUCGGAUAAAUUCGUGGGAGACCAGCAUCCGUCAUGAAAAGCAGUAUCGUCUGCUCCAUCGCUUCUCUGCUGUUUCAGCUGCCAUAGGUUUCCUCGAUGCUCUGCCUCUUAAUCAGAGAUCGUCUCUGCGAAACAUCAACAUCCACGAGGAUCGCGUGUCCUCAGGCUAUCCAGAUGGGCAUGCUAUAGGUCUUAUUCCAAUCUGCCAAGAGAACAAGCGAUUGCGGAUCAGACAUAAAUUGAGCAUGGUGAGAAACCUUUUCGCCCGUGCUUCCUUGUCUCAAGGUUUAGCCUUUAGUAUCACUCAAGGCCAGGGGGGAGGGGACCAUUGGAGUAACGAGGGCUCUCUCGCAGCCGCAGCUGAUGGGCUGUACCCCAUCGUUGCGAACUGCCUGGCCGAAGCCAUGUUUCUCCCAGAUGCUGGCAUGCCGGAUGGCUCAUACACCCUGCUACUGGACGCAGAAGAUGCCACAGAUAUGUGCUCUGCAAUCUUUCAACAAGAUGUACUCGACAAAGAGGCUACGCGGAUGGUACUUGCCCGUGCUCUAAAGGAAGAUCCUGACGGCGAUUGGGUGAACGAGUGCUCGCUCGAAAUAAAGAAAUCCCUUAAAGCGCACGCCGGCGCCCUGGAACACCUCGUCAAUAAGACAUCGUUCUUGGAGACGAAUUUCUAUCCUGGACAUCUAACAAACGUGGAGGCACUGAUGCCGCACUACAAGGCGAUUGGGAUGGAGCACUGUGCUUUUGACCUUGAGUGGUGGAGCGAGUAUGACUACGACUUUACGUUGUUCAGCCAUGUCCCUGUGUACGGUCCGCUGCUAUCGGAGAACUUUGAGUCUCGGAAAAUUCCUGGGUACCCGCCUGAAGAAUAUGUAAUGUUUUCUAAACAACUAAGAGAUUUUUUAGUAUUUGGCUAA